GUUUAAUUGACGUGGACAUUUGUCUUGUCUAUUUUAUCUGUUUUCCCCGGUUUUUCGUAAAAAUAUGGCGGUUACUGAGUUAACGAACGCAUUAAAAGAUCUACCGAAUCGUGUUCAAACCGCAAGUAAAAAUGAACGACGAGAAAUUCUUCAGAAUGUCGUCAACGUGUUGUCAAAUCCUGGCAUCAACGAGAAAAUCGUGGGCGGAAUAUGUAAAGUCAUUGCAAUUACUUUACAUCGAUAUAAAGACACUACAUCGCAAUCCUACGUGAAAAAUUUGAUAAUCUCAUUGUUGAAAGAACAAUCGGAAGCUGCUGUGAAAAAUAUGACGAGUGUCAUUUGUGAACAAUCACAUUGGCACAAAAAUGUUGUUCCAACGCAUAACACAUCGCUUACUGCUUAUCUUGCAUUAAAAUGGAGUACAUUGAUCAUUCAUCAUGGCAUUGGCAAGGGAAUCGAGAACAAUUCCUCAGAUUUAUUAAAAUUAAUUGAAGCCCAGGCCAAUUUGAGCGCUGCAGCCUUAGCGUCAAGGGAUCGAAAAUUAUCCAAGAAAGUCUUCACACUCUUUGUCCAUCAAUGGAGUGGAAUUAAUGGCAUUCAAGAGAAGUAUGUGGAAAAUCUCUCUAAACUAGAGGCAAGCAAUGGAGUUAUUGUCCUCGCCAGUCUUCUCACAAAAUAUUUAGUUGAGAGCAAGCAGGAGGAAAUUGUAGAGAAACUCAAGAACGGAAUUCUCGAUUCAUUCAUAAAAGUCUGCAUCAGUUGCAAGAAAAAACCGGAAUUAUACGUAGUCGACGAGGCCAUACCAUUUCUCCAUCGAGUAACACACGACGAUUUCAAAACCCAUCUUCUUCCCGCUCUGCAGAAAGCAAUGCUUCGAAAUCCAGAAAUAAUAAUCGAAUCCGUCGGUCACAUUCUCACCGGUCUCAGUCUCGACCUAAGUCGCUACAGUCAGGACAUCAGUAAGGGACUAUUCGCCAAUCUUCAUUCCAAAGAGGACCUGGUUCGUGACGAAGCCGCCGACGCAUGCCGUCGCCUAGCUCUUCAAUGCUCCGAUUCAUCAGCAGUCGAAUCCCUUCUCUCCUCAAUCUUCGCCGUAUUCAAUGGCUCCGAGGGCAAACUCACCGUAGCCACUCACAAAAUUUCCGUUCUCCAAGGCGCCGGUAAUUUGAGUUACAAUUCCGUAAGUGGAAGUAGUGUCGAAAAGCUCUCCUCAAUUGCCUGUGAGUACUUUAUAAACAUUCUAAAGACCGAAGUGCAUGAGAAAACUCUAAUUCACGGUAUUGAAAUGCUAACACUCUGGUCGAAUAAGUUCGUGAAUGAAAUACCGAAGAAUUUGAUCGAGAUAUUUAAAUUUGGAAUGGGGGGUAAGACAUCAACCGCGGGGGUAAGAACGGCUUAUAUUAAGAUGUUCUUUACUUCGCCGAUUAAUUCCCUAGGGGUGAUUGCGCCACUGUUGAUACAAGCGAUCUCGAGGAGUUCGCAACAAAGCGCUCAACCCACUGCCGUGACCGAAGGCGUCGUCGCUUCUUAUUUGCUCCUAAAAUUACUGUCCCAUGUCGAGAACGAUAAGUCCUCUGUCCUUUGGAACACGAUUGACGAUCAGAUCUUUUUCUCGGAGAAAUACCUCGCGAGCGGUAGUGACGAAAAUCUCUUCUACCUGAUGCAAUUGUGCGAGAGACUCAUGAGCGAAUUCGGCGACAAGUUGAACGAACGAUCACUAACCGGAAUCUAUAGAUCGAUAGUCGUUUGCCUAACCGCCGGGAAGUCGUCGACCCGAAGACGUUGCGCCCCCCUGGCCAAGAAGAUCCUUACCGGGCUGAGUAAUUACGACACGGCCAAGUCUCUUCUUGGGGAGUUUGAUAGACUUUUGGAGAAUUCGAAACUAGAGGGAAAUAGAGACGAGAAAGAAGAGGGUGAAGUUAGCGCCCGAGCCUUAGCGGACGGUCUCCUAGCGCUUUGCUCCGGCUCUUUUCUCUUCCCCCAACCGGCUUUGCAGUUGAUCAAAGACUCCCUUAUCUCCUCCCAUCAUCCCGCGGUCCUGAGAGCGAACCCUAACGUCUGGUUCAAAAUCCUCAAGAACUUUGGGUUUAGCGUCGAGGAGUUUUUGAAGCUAUCUGGUAAGGAAGUCAGAAACCUAUUCACAGAGCAGUAUAAACCGAACGCUAGUUAUGAGAACGCCCUCGCUAGGAUUGUGAAAACCUCGCCGGAUAUGAUACUACCCGGUUUGGUAAAGGCAAUAGUGGGGAAGUUGCAAGAUCCGGAGAUUUUGCGAAUCACUAAGGAUGAGUAUUUUACGUACUUGACACCCGAGGGGGAGUUGUAUGACAAGAGUGUGUUACCCGGAAAUGAUGACGAUAUCCUAACAUCAAUGAACAUGAAGCGCGAGAGUAAGGUCUACUCGUUCAAGGAGCAGCAGGAGGAGCUACAACUUCGGCGCGAGUUGUACGAAAAACAGAAGAAGGAAGGUAAGAUAAAGGAGCCGAAGCUGACUCCCAAACAAGAGGAGGCGAUGAAGUUACAAUUCGCCAAAGAGUCCGCGACUAGAAAACGACUUUCGGUCCUGAAUGCCAAAAUCAAGGAUGUCGUCAGUUUAGUCUCGGGCCUCAUGAGCGGAAAUCGGGACGAACUCGCCCUUUAUUUGAAGGAUCUGCUACCGGGGAUUUUGAAGAAUCUUGUCUCACCCCUAGCGGCGCCGAAGAUGGUCGAAAUAUUCCUUUUGCUAAAGCGAACAGUUGCGAUAUCAACCCCGACGCUAGCGGACUUGAUAGCGCACGUAAUCUUGAGACAGCAGGAGCCGCAGUGCGAUUUAGAACCGUCUUGGGAGGAAGAACCGCUAGACAAGGCUAUUAAGCGAAGUCUCCAGCAAUUGCACCAUUGUAUCGUGAAGCAGAAGCAACUAUUCACCGCUCCGGCCUUUUGCUACUGUUUCCCGUUCCUUAACAAGACCCUCCUGGACUGUAAGGACGACACAAUGAUUACGCAAGGUCUCCAGAUUAUCCAGGAUCAGGCCAAACAGCGAGGAGAGUCAUCUAAUCGAAAAGACCCAAGGCACUCGAAUCUCCUCCCCAGGAAACAGAUCUUCGAUCUCUUGAUCGAUCUAAUGAGUACCACGACCGGACGGGUCCAGACCCACGCGGUUGCUACGCUCCUGGACGUCGCGCACAGUGCCAGCGGUGAAGAUUCUUGGACCUUUGCGACAAGCGAAGAAAUCGGGUCCCUAACUGGCGCUCUACAGAAUGCGCUCCCAGUCGUCAGGGACGCGGCUCUUCGCGGACUCCUCGUGGUUCAUAAAUCCUUCUCUCACGAGUCGUCAAAUGUCAACUCGUCCGAAAUGUUGAGACUCACGAAAAGAAUCUGGAUCGCGAAAUCAGAUGUUUCGGAGGAGAACAAACUGCUCGCGGAUGAGCUUUGGGAGAAGGCGGGCUUAGUGGCGAAAAGUGAUGUUCUCUGCAGUGGUUUGAUAGAAGACGUAGCGCACCCGGUUGAGCCGAUACAGCAAGCCUCCGCUUGUGCCUUAGCGGAACUACUGACUCGCGAUCCGGAGCUAAUGCCCGAUAUCCUGGAGAAGUUACUACAACUCUACCAAGAGCGACUGACGAUGAUACCGCCGAAGUUGAACGACUUUGGAAGGAUUGUGGAGCAACCAAUAGAUACCUGGGAGCCUAGACGGGGAGUCGCGUUGGCUUUGGCGCAGCUAGCUCCACUCCUAACUUCGGCUACAAUUCAGCGAUUGGUGCAAUUUUUCGUUUCUACGGGUCUUGGAGAUCGUAAUCCAAGUGUUAGGAACGAGAUGCUAACGGCCGCGGUCGCGAGUGUUGAUCUACACGGCAAAGCUAAUAUCACGUCCCUCUUGCCGGUGUUCGAGGACUUUAUGGACAAGGCGCCGAAGAUUGGGAGCUUCGAUUCGAUAAAACAGUCGGUGGUGAUAUUGAUGGGAUCGUUGGCAAGACAUUUGGAGAAAGACGACGCGAGGAUAAAACCAAUCGUGAUGAGGCUGAUAGCGGCAUUGUCGACCCCUUCGCAGCAGGUGCAAGAGGCGGUGGCUAAUUGUCUGCCGCAUUUGGUCCCGUCGAUAAAGGAGGACGCGCCGAAGAUUGUCGAUAAGCUUAUGGAUCAGCUGUUGAAGUCGGAUAAAUACGGAGAGCGAAAGGGAGCCGCCUAUGGACUCGCCGGACUCAUCAAGGGAAUGGGAAUUCUAGCUCUUAAACAACUGGAUAUUAUGACCACCCUGACAAAUGCGAUACAGGACAAAAAGAACUAUAGACACCGGGAGGGCGCGCUCUUCGCGUUCGAAAUGCUUUGCAUGAUGCUUGGGAGACUUUUCGAGCCUUAUAUUGUCCAUGUCUUACCGCACCUCCUACUUUGCUUCGGGGACUCGAGCCAGUACGUUCGGGCUGCUACGGAUGACACCGCAAGGGUUGUGAUGAGCAAGUUAUCCGCUCAUGGUGUUAAGCUAGUCCUACCUAGUUUGCUCGCAGCGCUUGAGGAGGACUCCUGGAGAACAAAAACCGGUUCGGUCGAACUCCUAGGAGCUAUGGCUUACUGCGCUCCUAAACAGUUGAGCAGUUGUCUACCAAGCAUAGUGCCGAAGUUGAUCGAAGUGCUCAGUGAUUCCCAUACGAAGGUCCAGGAAGCAGGGGCUGAGGCCCUAAAGGUAAUUGGAAGUGUGAUCCGAAAUCCAGAAAUUCAGGCGAUUGUUCCCGUUCUCUUGAAGGCGUUGCAAGAUCCCUCGAGGAAAACCGCGACCUGUUUGCAAACCCUACUAGACACGCAGUUCGUUCAUUUCAUCGACGCGCCUUCCUUGGCGUUGAUAAUGCCAGUGGUUCAAAGAGCCUUCAUGGACCGUUCGACCGAAACUCGCAAAAUGGCCGCGCAGAUCAUCGGGAACAUGUACUCCCUUACGGACCAGAAGGAUCUAACCCCGUACCUACCGACGAUUAUUCCAGGGUUGAAGACUAGUCUACUGGACCCCGUUCCGGAAGUUCGGAGCGUUUCGGCAAGAGCCUUAGGGGCGAUGGUUCGCGGGAUGGGAGAAUCGAGUUUUGAGGAUCUACUUCCUUGGUUGAUGCAGACGCUUACUUCGGAAACGUCAAGUGUUGAUAGGUCCGGAGCCGCGCAAGGUUUAUCGGAAGUCGUUCGCGGUCUGGGUGUCGAGAAGCUACAUAAACUGAUGCCGGAGAUUAUUAGCACUGCCGAGAGGACGGACAUCGCGCCACAUGUUAAGGACGGGUAUAUAAUGAUGUUUAUCUACAUGCCCUCGGCUUUUACCAGUGAAUUCACGCCCUAUAUUGGUCAGAUCAUAAACCCGAUUCUUAAGGCCCUGGCGGAUGAGAAUGAGUACGUACGCGAAACGGCCCUAAAGGCAGGACAGCGAAUCGUGACCCUCUAUGCCGAUUCGGCCAUAAUGUUACUAUUACCAGAACUGGAGAAGGGACUCUUCGAUGACAAUUGGCGAAUUCGCUAUUCUUCGGUCCAACUACUAGGGGACUUGCUUUAUAGAAUUUCCGGUGUUUCGGGUAAAAUGUCGACCGAAACGGCAAGUGAGGAUGAUAACUUCGGUACGGAGCAGUCCCAUAUGGCGAUUAUAAAGGCAUUGGGAGCGGAGAGAAGAAAUAGGGUCUUGGCAGGUUUGUACAUGGGGCGAUCGGACGUGGCUCUGAUGGUUCGGCAGGCGGCUCUUCACGUCUGGAAGGUGGUGGUGACGAAUACUCCAAAGACUCUACGGGAGAUUCUACCGACACUGUUCAGUCUUCUCUUGGGCUGUUUGGCAAGUACCAGUUUCGACAAAAGGCAGGUCGCGGCCCGAACUUUGGGCGACUUGGUCCGAAAACUAGGCGAGAGGGUCCUGCCCGAGAUAAUUCCGAUUUUAGAAAGAGGACUACAAUCCGAACAAGCGGAUCAACGACAAGGGGUCUGUAUCGGACUGUCCGAGAUUAUGGCCAGUACAAGUAAGGACAUGGUCUUGACGUUCGUCAACAGUUUGGUUCCCACGGUACGUAAGGCGCUCUGCGAUCCCCUGCCGGAAGUGCGACAAGCGGCGGCGAAGACUUUUGAUAGUUUGCACACAACCGUUGGUGUUAGGGCACUGGACGACAUACUACCAACAAUGUUAGUGCAACUGAAUUCCGCGGAUCAGGAGGAGGCGGAGAAUACUCUUGACGGUCUUAGGCAAGUGAUGGCAAUCAAGUCACGUGUUGUUCUUCCAUAUUUGGUGCCGCAAUUAACGUCGCCACCGGUUAACACCAAAGCACUGUCGAUUCUGGUGAGUGUCGCCGGCGAAGCACUGACUAGAUUCCUUCAUAAGAUUCUACCAGCAUUGCUGACGGCGUUGUCCAGCUCGCAGGGGACUGCGAAUGAAAUGCAGGAAUUGGAGUAUUGUCAGGCAGUGAUUUUGUCAGUUACGGACGAAACUGGUGUUAGGACGGUUAUGGAUCAGCUGAUGGACGCUACUAGGAAUAAGGAGACGCCGAUUAGACGCAGUGCUGCUACGCUUUUGUGUGCUUUUUGCCGGGAUACGAGGGCUGAUUACAGUCAGUACGUUCCUCAAUUGCUUCGUGGACUUAUUCAUUUGUUUACUGAUGAGGAUCGAGAUGUCUUGCAAAUGAGUUGGGAGGCGCUCACUGCCGUUAUUAAGACAGUGCCAGCUCACGAGCAAAUCAACUACGUGCAAGAUAUAAGGCAAGCCGUUCGCUUUGCAGCGUCCGAUCUCAAGGCAUCGGAUCAAGAUCUUCUACCUGGAUUUUGUCUUCCCAAGGGGAUUACCCCAAUAUUGCCAAUAUUUCGUGAGGCAAUACUUAAUGGUGUUCCCGAAGUUAAGGAGCAAGCGGCUCAGGGUUUGGGUGAAGUUAUUAAAUUAACAAGUGCAACGGCUCUACAACCAAGCGUUGUUCAUAUUACAGGUCCACUAAUUAGAAUUUUAGGCGAUCGUUUCAAUUGGAGCGUGAAAGCGGCUGUUUUAGAGACACUAGCGAUUUUAUUGGGUAAAGUGGGAGUGAUGCUCAAGCAAUUCUUACCACAAUUGCAAACAACAUUUUUGAAGGCGCUCAAUGACAAUAAUCGACAAGUUCGACUCAAAGCUGCCUAUGCACUCAGUAAUCUUAUUGUCAUUCAUACACGAACGGAUCCACUGUUUGCGGAAUUACACACUGGUAUCAAGACUGCUGAUGAUCCAUCAAUUAGAGAAACAAUGCUGCAGGCACUGCGGGGAGUAAUAACGCCGGCAGGUGACAAAAUGACGGAGCCAUUAAAGAAGCAGGUGUUUGUGACAUUAACGGGAAUGCUGGGACAUCCGGAGGACGUGACAAGAAGUGCUGUUGCUGGUUGUUAUGGGGCACUUGUACGCUGGUUGAAUUCCGAUCAAUUGACAUCGGCGAUAAAUGAUAAUAUACUGUCAACUGACGUUAAUGCCGAUUGGAUGCUUAGACAUGGACGUUCGGCGGCACUUUUUGUCACACUCAAAGAAUCGCCGGCAACAAUUUACACGGAAAAUAAUAAGGAGCGUAUUAUUAAGGUUAUACUCUCGUAUUUAUCGGCUGAUCGAACACAAAUUGCAAUGAAUGGAGUGCGAGCUUGUGGUUAUCUAUUUCAAUAUUUAAUGCUUGAGGGCUUACCAAUUCCUGCGCAAAUUAUGACGCCAUUUGUUAGGUCAAUGAAUAACAACAGCAAUGAUGUGAAACAAUUAUUGGCGAGGGUUUGCAUUCAUCUUGCGAGAAAUAUUUCGUCUGAGAAAAUGUCACCUGAAUUAUUAAAAUCACUUCUUCCCAUGCUGGUGAAUGGCACAAAGGAAAAGAAUGGCUACGUGAAGGCUAACAGUGAAUUGGCUCUUAUUGCAGUCUUGAGGCUAAAACAAGGAGACGAGGAGCAUCAGCGCUGUGUCGCCCUCCUCGAUGCAGGAGCAAAAGAAUCGCUCACCGACGUUGUCAGCAAAGUUUUACGAAAAGUCCUCUCACAACCAGAGGGAAAAAUCGAGGAAUUAGACGAUACGUUACUCACAUGAGAGAUAUUGCAUUUCCUGGGGCAUUAUAAUCCCCAUUUCUCUUCAAUUUCAAAAGGAAAAAUCAUUUUUCCCCAAGUCCAUCGUCACCAUCGUCAUCAUCAACGUCAUCAUCAUCAUCACCAUCGUCGUCAUCAUCAUCAACAUCCGUUUUCCAUCCCAGGAAUAAAAUCCAUCUCUUCUUCUUCUUCUUCCUACAUAAUGGAACAAUUCAAUAAUAUAAAAUCAAAUUCAUUCUCAAUGGCAAUGAAAUUAAUAAAAUUACGUGGUUUGAAUUGUCCAAGGAUAAUUAAUAAAAUAACAACAUCAACAACAACAAUAAUUAGUAAGGAUGAAAGUUAUUUAUUAAUGGAAAAUAUUCAUUAUUCAGGUACGUGUAAUUUAAUGAAUAAUGAAACAAAUCAUUCGACUGAUAAAAAAUUUACGUCAUUGACUCAAUUUAUUAUUAAAGAAUUUUUAGUAAUAAUAAUAGUAAUAAUUUAUAAAAAUUUUCUAACACACGAUUGUUAUUUAAUUGACAAGAUUAAUUAUUAUUAUUAUUAUAAUUAUUAUUAUUUUUACAAACUGAUGAAAUUUCUAGUCAAAAAUAAUUAUUCGCAUUUAUUGCAAAACAUUUCUUGUUAUUAUUGCAUUUAUUUUUGUGAUAAAUGGCCGCAAACUUAUUUUCCGCCAUGAAUCGUAUUGCUUCUUUAAUUAUUUAUUGAGUUUUGCAAUUUAAAGGAAGGGGAAAAAAAGAAGGAGGGAAAAAAGGAAAAAGUAUUAAAUCGGUUUUUUAUUAAAAAAAAGUGUGAAAGCGUUACAAUACAAUCUUAAAGAAUGCGCUCUCGAUUUUUUACUGUUGAUGAUGGCGCUCUGUGCAAGUGUCGAAAAUGUGGAACAACUUUUGUCACGUCUAGAAUUUUGAAUACAGUUUUUUUUAACUUU